AUGGUCCUCUUCAUCAAGCUGAUCACCAAAGGCAUUGGAUCUGGCAUUGGUCUAGCUUCGGAAUCCAUCAAACACCAUAAGGCGAAGAAGGCAGAGAAAAAGCAUUAUCAAACGCUGGCGAAGGCAGCAGCAACGCCGCAUCUCGAGAACCCCAAAGGCAAAGCUGUGCUGGUAGACCCCAAACAUGUCGAGAAACAUACACCUGAGGACGAGGACGAUUCAUCGUCAUCCGACGAAGAAGGCGACGAAGAAGCAUGGCAACUCGACGAAGCUACUGCUCCUUUCGAAGAAUCCGAGUCCGAAGGCCCUCACAAAGAUGUCAUUACCCUCACAACCGAGUUUCUACAAAAUCAGCCUCCUCCAGCAUACACACAAAUACGAGCACAGCUGCCAUGUCCUGUGAUUCUCCCACAGCGCAGACCGAGAGACAAGAAGCGGGGGUUUGUGAGGGCCUAUGCACCUGUUCUUGAAGAUGUUGGGAUUGAUCAGGCUACCUUCUUGGACUUCCUCAAGACGUUCAAGAAAGCUUGCGAGGCAGAUGGGUGGUUACAAGCUGUCAAUCUGGCAGCUUUCGCGGCAGGAUUCGUCCCAAAUCCUAUCGCAAUGGGUGUUACCACAGCAGUACAAUUCGCCGUGGGGGUAGCCAUGGAGGUACAGAGACUCACGAGAACAAACUCAUUCCUUGAUCGAAUGAACGAGGAGUUUUUCAAACCCCGUGGUCUCUACUGCCUAAUCAUGACCUACAAGCCCGACUCAACAGCAUCACACACCCGCGUCGACAUCAACCAAACAAUCGCCACAUACUCCACACCCGCCUCAAACACCGCUCGUCAAACCCUCCGCAACCUACGCACCUCCUCCGGCAAAACCUACGGAGAGCUCGAGCUCCCCGAAUCCGCACCCCUGAUCUUCCCCGCCCUCGAAAAAGUCGCCAAGACACCAGCGAAGAAGAACCCAAACAGCAAACUUGUUGUCCCAGGCUCGAAACCGGAAUUCAUGAGUAGAUACUCGGACCCGAAUCACGCUGCUAAUAAUGGGAGUAUUGUAUCGCUUUUGACGGGCGGGAAGGUUAAUCCUUGGGCGCAUAAGGAGGAGAAGAGGUUGGCGAGGAGGCAGAGGAGGGCAAUGAAAAGGGGGGAGCCGAUGCCUACUUCUGGGGCGAGGAGGCAGCGGAAGGGGGGUUUGGUGAAGAGGGUUUUGACGAAGGAUGUGUUGUAUUUGAUGAUUGUGAAUUUGCCGACUGAGGCAGAGACGGCUGCUGGAAGACAGGCUGUUGCGAACGAGGCGAAGCAGUAG